AUGCCAAAGACCGAAUACGAACUCCAACGCGAAGCGAAUAUCGCACGUAACCGGGCCUUGCUCGAAGAGCUGCAUCUGAAGGAGGCGGUGAAAGCGCUCGGCAUCCCUGACAAAAAGGCAUCUCCAGCACCAGGCGAGAAGAAAGCGAAACCUGUGCAGCCUGCAAAGCGCAAGCGGGCAGCAGACGACGAGCCGGUGCUCAGAAGACAGAGUGCGCGCUUUCGGCGUACGGCACCCGCCCCGGACGAGACGCCUGCUCAGAAACGGGCACGUGAGCGGGAAGAGGAGAAGGCGAGACAGAAAGCAGAGGAGGAGCGGAUGGCGGCAGAGGAGGCAGCGCGCGAAGCGAAGAAACCACGGCACCACGAUCUCGACCUCGAGACCCUGACGCGCGGAGAAGAUCUCAACGAAGAGCAGGUCUCAUCCUUGCGCACGGAUUUGAAGGCGCUCGCAGAUACCCCUAUCCCAAAGCGACUGCCGCGACAAGACGCAUACGUAUUCGAUGUGGAGAAGGAAGAGGCGGUAGAGGUCAAGGCGUUACGUGCGCGUAUGCAGAAGUUGAAGGUCGUUUCGAGGGCCAAGGUCACGACGGACAGGAUAUACAGCGCUGCAUACCACCCUGAACCGAGUAAGGACUUGGUGUUCUUUGGCGACAAGCACGGACAGCUCGGGAUAUGGGAUGCACGAGCUCAGCCGGAUGAAGACGAGGACGAUGAAAGACCUGCCGACGAACGCGAAGGCGGAAAAUACUGGCGUUUGCAGCCACAUUGGCCUGCAACGAGCAAGUCCUCCAUCUCGAGCAUCAAAUUUGAUACAUUCGACUCGGGGACAGUCUACACUUCUGCAUACGAUUGCACAGUCCGUGCUCUGUCCUUCGAAACAGGCAUCUCUAGCGAGCUCUUUCAUCUAGAAGAUACCCUCAUCAAUUGUCUCGACGUUGUUCCCGGAUCGCACGAGAUGUGGCUCUCUGAUGCAUCUGGCGGCGUUACACACCUUGACCUCCGUGAGGAUACGCAGAAGACAUCGCGUUGGUAUCAGCUCUCCGACCAGAAGAUUGGGAGUUUGAGCGUGAACCCUACCAAUCCUGCCUUUCUGCUGACCGCAUCGAACACACGUCUUAUGAAGAUUUGGGAUGCGCGAAAGUUGUCCAAGAUUCCCGCUGCAGGCGAUUCUCUCGACUUUGACGCGGAAAAGGUCGCAGAGUUCAGCAAGUCUAAACCCGGUAAAGCGAUGCAGCGCGGCGAGUUUGAGCAUGGCAAGUCCGUCAGCUCGGCGUACUGGGACCCGCGUGGUCGCUCGAUCGUGAGCACUUCGUAUGACGACACGCUGCGCUUAUGGGAAGUCAACCCGUCGAUGAUGGCCAAGGAUGUACCGUUCAAGGACUUCAAGCCUCUCAGUCGCAUCAAGCAUAAUUGCCAGACGGGCAGGUGGUUGACCGUGCUCAAGGCACAGUGGUCCUCUAAUCCUGACGUCUAUCCACACUUCACUGUCGGGAACAUGGACCACUCGGUUAACGUCUACUCGGCCAAGGGUGAGCUACUGGCGAAUUUGAGGGAUAACGCGAAGAUUACGGCCGUGCAGGCAGUCACGUGCUCGCACCCGAGCGUCGUCGAACGGAUCGCGACUGGCAAUGGUAGCGGGCGUUGCGUUCUUUGGGCACCUGCCGAUGCUCAGUAG